UGUAUAUGCAUUCAAUAUGGAACUACGUUCAUGCUGGCAAAUAAAGUUUUUUCUCUCAUUAUAUAAAGUGGGAUGAGGGAUUUGAGAAUCAACCAAAGAUAAGAAAAAGAAGGAAGAAAGCAAAGAAAAUGGGAGACUCCAGUAGGUGCAGAGUGUGCGUUACAGGCGGAUCAGGGUAUGUGGCUUCUCUUCUCAUAAAAAAACUUCUUCUAAAGGGUCACAUCGUCCAUGCAACUCUUCGUAACUUAGAUGAUGAAUUAAAGGUGAGGGUUUUAAAGAGCCUCCCAAAUGCAACCACUAAUUUGCUGCUGUUUAAGGCCGACAUUUAUGAGCCCCAUCAGUUUGAAGAUGCCAUCAGAGGCUGUCGCAUCGUUUUCCAUGUCGCUACUCCUUUACUCCGCACUCAUGGAUCUCAGUUCAUCGAUAAAGUAGAAGCAUCAGUUUCGGCAGAGGUGAAGAUUGCAAAAUUGUGUGUGGAAUUGGGAACAGUGAGGCGGUUGAUCUACACGGCCUCUGUCGUGUCAAUGUCACCGAUGAAAGAAGAUGGGAGUGGUUUUAAGGACUACUUUAAUGAAAGCUGUUGGACACCUCUUAAUCUUUCCUAUCCUUUUUCUAACUCACAUUUAAAGGCAUACGUAGAUUCAAAGACGUUAACAGAGAAAGAGUUGCUUAAAUUUGGUGAGAGCAAGGAAUCGGAGGGGUUGGAAGUGGUUACGUUGGUGUGUGGCCUAAUCUCCGGCGAGUCUCCUCAUCGGCCUUCUCCAGCCUUAACCACCAUUAUCACAUUCUCUCAGUUUAUCGAUGAAAGUGAACCCUUCAAACUCCUCAGAUAUCUGGAAGAGUUGGAUGGUAAAGUCCCACUAGUCCACAUUGAUGAUGUUUGUGAUGCACACAUUUUCUGUAUGGAACAAUCUUCAAUCCAUGGCAGAUUCCUGUGUGCAACUUCUUUCUUGUCUUCUUCAGAUAUUGCCAAUUGCUACCGUCUUCACCAUCCUCAAUUGCAACAAAAACACGGGGAAUGUGAUGAGGUGGCCAAUAGGAACAUCAGAAUGAACCCCAAUAAGCUGAUUGAGAAAGGUUUCAAAUAUAAAUAUGAUGUUGAUAUGAUACUUGAGGAAGCUUUCCAUUGCUGCAAGAAGCAAUUUUUAGAUUAAUUGUCUACAAUGUGAUUGCUUUAUAAUAAUUGUUAGAGAACUAUUUUGUUUUUAAUGAUUUUAUUGGAUGCAUCCAAUGUUGAAAAUGUAUUAUUAUAUCCCAAAUUUUGAUAGUCGACCUAUCACAACUCUUAUCAAAUAAUUUAUUCUGUUUCAAAUA